CCAGAACAUCGUCAUCGCGCGAAUCAUAACGAUCAGACAUCUUUGAAUUGGACUGAUGUCCUAUUCGACUCCAUUGAAGCUCGAAGCUUAGAAGUAGUUUUGGCUUAUCACCGUGUCUCAUAGCACGUGAAUGCAUGGCCGCCGUGUAGACCCCCUUGCCCUAAUAACACAUUGUCCUCCGGAAUACUGUUGUGCAGAUCUGUCCUUUCCUGACUGAUACACGGUAAAACCUAGGCAAAUUCUAGCAACGAACAACACUUGGUUGAAUGCGACCAUCAGUACAGGGCAUAGCCAGGCACGUCAAUUAGCUGUCUCGAAAAUUUCAGGACAUGAAGCCCCAUUACGCAAAGACGUGUCGAAUAUUGAAGUUAAUCGUUCAAGUUCCAGCAAGCAUAAGGUCGCAGGUCACACUGCCUCUCACCAGCUGUCUGCAUGGUAGCAGCAUGUCCACCGGAAGAGCUCAAUAGCAAAAGUCGCGACAUCCAUGAAUAUGAUACAUCGGCAAGAUCUACACGACUCGGAGGCAAAGAACAAUACGCCGUCGGUGCGUGCAGAAUUCAUGCGAGAAGACACUUCGAGUCAACAACAAACACGUGAUGAACCGAGGAUUGUCCGAACUUUCUGGCCCUCAUACAUUUCAUUCUUCCCGGUAGCAAUGCGUAUCGCACAUCUUGAUCAAGAGCCAAUCUCUCAGACCAGUCUCUGAUUCCUCGAACCCUCUCCCGAUCUCAAAUCCACGUUUUCAAUAAGAGAGAUCGAAUAACAUCGGCAAGAGGCGUACCUUUGAUGUUGCUAUCGAAACGAGAUUUGAGAGAUGUGGCCGUGUUUUUCUUGUCUUCUUCAUAGAUGUUCAACGAUCGAUACCUCGGUUACACAAUGGUUUUUGAACAAAACAGCUAAGUCUGGUACGCGAUCUCGCCGAAGUUACAUCAAUGACUACCUUGGGGCAUUCCGACGACAAAAGGACCACCAACGAUCCAACAUAUUAGGCUGAGGGCUGAAAAUGGGAACUCACAAUAAACCUAUUGUAACACUGAUUAAGAUAACGG